AUGACUACGAUCGGGAGCAAGUCAAGAAGCAACAAGGACAAGUCGGUGGAUCCCGAGAAAAGUGAAGCGAGGACGACGACGAUGGAGAGCUGGGCAGAUGCGAUGCAGAAUCAGGUAACGCUGAGAGAGCGAAAGAAGCUUGUCAAAGGUUACGCUGAUUUCAUCGGAACCAGUGAGACAGUCGUGGAGAGUGUGCGUGAGCAGUUGGGCGUGCACAGCAAGUGUUCAGAGAGGCAGAAAGACGAAAAAUGGACGAGAGAGCAAGCAGAAUUCGAGGAAAAUCUAGAUCGAACAAGCAGAGAAAAGGAGGUGUUGGUCGAGAAGCUUGAAGAAGCGUGGAGAGCCGCCGAGAAGGCAGAAGAGACGAUUGAGGAGCUGGGAAGGGCACUGCAGAAGGAAAGGAAAACGUCGGAGAAGUGGAAAAGCCAAUGGGAAAGCGCAGAAGGUAAGAAGAAAGAAAUACAGUCAAGAAGUAAAGAGAUAAUUCAGGUGCACUCAAGGAGAUCGUCGUCAAGAAGUUCGAAUGGUUCGUCGGUGGAUUGGCGCGAUGAGAGAAAGGAAAGAAAGACCGACUGGCGCGUGAAGGUGAAGAAUUGGGAAGUGAAGAGCAGUGUGGGGGAUUUUCCGGAAAGAAGUGUGCGAGUCAGCGAAAGAAGAAAGUGUGAGCGCGACAGUGAGAGAUGUUCGCGAGUGUCACGGGACAGUUCACGAAUAAUGGUGGAGUGUCUGAGCAGAAUGAUAAGGGCGUCAGCUCUGCCAGAGCCUGAGAAGUUCGACGGGAAAGGAGACGUCAAAGAAUUCAAGAGAUCGUUUCUGUUGAAGUACAAAGCGGUCACGGAGAAAGACGCAGAUAUGGUGGCAAUUUUAGAGGAUAAAUUUCUGAAAGAUGCUGCUAGGACGUUGUUCAAGACACUUCCGAAUCGAUUCGAUCGAUCGAUCGAGUCGCUUUUCAAAGAGUUUGAAGAGAAGUUGAGAAGGAGGCAAGGAGAUCGUGAGGCGGAAGCUCUCAACGAGUUUGAGGAGCUGAAGCGAAAGCCGAAACAGCCGAUGUGGGAGUACCUGAUGGACGUGGAAAAGUGGUCAAAGCGAGCGUUUCCUCAUCUUGAAGAAGAGACAAUGUCACAACUGAGAGUCACGAAGCUUAUGGGAGCGCUAAGAGAUGACCCGACGAUGCAAAAGUUGAUGACGAUGAAGCGAUAUGAAGUGGCGAAAAAGGACCANAAGCCAAGGAAGACGAUCAUCAAGGAGCCAGCAGUGAUAGUUUCCCCAAGAUUGAAAAUCUCGGGAAGAAGAAAUUUUCUGGAAGUUCGGAAUUCGCAUGGAAGCGAUUUCAUGGAGAAGUACGAGUGGAAGAAGGUGAAGAAUGUGCUAUGGCUGUGGAGAGUCACAAAGGACAAGGAGGUCAACCAACGGAUUUUCGAAAUGAUCGCGAAGUUGGCAGAAGAAGUACCAGAAGUCAUAAUGAUUCCGUUCAAGCUGGAGUGUGUCAUGAAGGAAGUUGACAAGGUGACAGAGGAGUGGAGAAAGAGGCUGAAGACGUUGAACAACGUGAAGCUGAUCGAUUCAAGGAAAGAGGUCGGAAAGCGAGAAUUGCCGUUAAUUGUGACGUCAUCGGAUAAGUAUGAGACGGGAAAAUCGCUGGUGCGAUAUCUGGAGCAAGUGGCAGAGGAUAAUCCGUGUGUGAAACGACUGAAGGCGAUGUCGGCGGAGAAGGAGGAGCCACGUUGCAAAAUGACCAAGUCCGAUAAGAUUGCGAGCUUGGAUUUGGCUCGUGGUUGUUCUAGGGACUCUUUUAAGGAUUUCAAGUGA